UCCUCCAGAUCCAGACUGUGAAACUACAACUGUAUUUACUACAGCAGAAGAUGCAACAAACUUGGAUGGGGGAACAGGGUCUGUCUCUUCUCAAGAAGGAGUUGCUUCAUACAGUUACUCCCAGAAGGCAAUGCUGAAUUCUGCCAUCAUCUCAAACUCUUCCUGUGACAACACGGCUCCAAGCACCGCCUUUUCGUCCAGUUUGGCCGCUACCUCUCAAGUCAAUGGGACCGCCUCUGCCCCCCAGAAUGGGGUUCAACCUAUCUUGGUGUCCCCUUCUACAAUGGGGCGGCCAGUUGUGAUUCCUUCAGUACCAUACUCUUAUCAGUCAACUCCCCUUCCUCCUGGCAGUGACGUGGGGGACAACGGAGGUGUCACUCCCCCUUACUCCUGCGACCCUAGUGGUAGUGACCUUCCAAGAGAUCCAAAAGUUGUGCAGUAUUAUUUCAAUCUGGGUUUGCAGUAUUAUCACCAGGCCUGCUGGAACCCUAUGAUGUAUGUCCAGUCACUGCCACAGUCUCCACACAUGGAAACUUACCAGGCAUACCCAGAGACAGUCCCUGUCAUAGAUCAGUCAAUGGCACCAAUAUACCCUGAAGCUGGGAGGAGCGACGGGCGCCAGAUUCCUGCGGACAAUUCAGCAAAUGGUAUCGGAGACCCGCCUCCAUCCCACGGUGCCGUUUAUUACCCUGUGGUAACCGAUCCCUACAGCCAGCCGCCACCGUCAGGUUUUGAUGCUUGCGUCCCCUUAGCGCCUGCCUAUCACUACGUCAGCCCCUGGUAUCCAGUGAAUCUUCCCUAUGGGAAUUCGUCACGAAUCCACAAUGCUGUGAACCCAGGGCAAUUUCACCAAGUUGCCUAUGUCGCCUCUUCAAAUCCCACACCUCAUUAUGUCGCUCAGAGUAUGUAAAACAGGGAGGAUUGGGCCACUAAAUUAUUUGCGACCUGUGUCUUUUCCCCACCUUGGUUGUUUCCUUCACAAGACACUUUGGUUUGAUUUUGCACUUUUUUCGAAACGUAGACGCUGGUUUGUAAAUGGUGGGGGGGAGUAUAUUUAAUACCUUACUAGCAUGUAUAUAUAGGACACUGUGUGACAUUAAACUUAUGUGUAUGAUAGCUAACGGCCGCUGAAUCAAAACUGAAACCAUGUUUUGUAGCUUUCCCGAGAGCCGAUGGACCAUCAAAAAGGUUGCCUGACAUGUUUUCUUAACCCAAAAUACCUUGGUGUUGUGCAAACCUGAUCGUUUUUUUGUAUUCUAGCAGUUUAACUCUGAUUCUGGUACAUCUCUCUCUCUUCGUCCCUUUCAUUGAGCAAACGGAAGAUUCUUGGGGGUUGGAGGACAGUCAUUGCUGCAUUCUUGCAGUCAUUUCUACACUAAAUGAAAAAAAAACCCUGGCAUAUUUCUCUGUAGAGCAUCCUCUCAUUUUAACGUGGUCUGUUUUUGAGGGGAUUGUCUCUGGCCGCGUUUUGUGCUGCCAAUUCCUGUCACCGGUGUGACUUCCGAUUUGUAACAGGCACUUUUGCACUUAACGGUUUCCACGGAACGGUUGGGGUUCAACUGAGCACAA